AUGAGCGAUAUACAAGAAUCCACUGAGCAAUUUUCUCUGGAAGAGUCUGCCACGGUUUAUGUCGAUGAGGUUCAGGGUUCUGACAAAACUGGCACUGGAGAAAGGGAGAAUCCAUAUCAAACAUUGGUCUGUGCACUUCAAAGUCGAGGAGAGGUCAAGAUACUCAUUAAAAAAUCGUCCGACGGAGAUUAUAAUGACGUUUCCGGUGCUGCAUUGAAAAAAGCGAGAAAGCGUGUCGAGGAUUUGGCGAAGAAAGCAAAGAAAGCCGAGGAACAGAAAAGAUUGGAUGCUGAAAAGGAACGACAAUUAUUAGCUGAAGCAAAACUUAUUGUCCUUGAGAGAGACCCGAGUCUUCCAGAAGCUACAAAGGGGAAAGACAUAAAAUUCAUUAUUUUGAGAGAUGGUACUGGCUAUCUUCAAUGUGUUUUAACUGGAAAACUGUGUCACACCUAUGACGCUUUGACGUUGACUUUAGAAUCUACAAUCACUGUUUAUGGCGUUAUUUCUGAACUGCCUGAAGGAAAGACGGCUCCUGACAAUCAUGAGCUUUCCGCAAACUAUUGGGAAGUAAUUCAUAAAGCGCCUGGAGGUGCAGAUGCAUUUACCAAUCAAUUAAAUGCUGAGGCUGAUCCAUCGGUGUUAUAUGAACAACGUCACCUUGUUAUCCGUGGUGAAACCGCAUCUGCUGUGUUAAAGGUUCGCUCUCAGAUAACGAAGGCGUUUCGUGAUCAUUUUCAUGAUAAAGGAUUCACCGAAGCGGAGAUGGCAUUUAUCACAUUUGAUGAUUUAUUAAACACAUUAGAGGAUUUGAUUUGUGACACAAUUGAUAGAGUGCUCUCCCAUGAGCCAACUCGAGAACUGGUUUAUCAACUUAAUCCUGGCUUUAAACCACCUGAACGUCCAUUUAUGCGCUUAGAUUAUAAGGACGCUCUACAAUACUUAAAAGAACAUGAUAUUAAAAAAGAAGAUGGCACUUUCUUUGAAUUCGGUGAGGAUAUCCCGGAAUCACCUGAACGUACUAUGACUGAUCAAAUCAACCGUCCAAUCUUUCUAUGUCGGUUUCCUGCUGAAAUCAAAAGUUUUUAUAUGAAACGCUGUGAAGAUGACCGUCGUAUAACGGAGAGUGUAGAUGUACUAAUGCCUGGUGUUGGUGAAAUUGUGGGAGGCAGCAUGAGAAUUUCCGAUUUGAACGAGCUUUUAGAAGGUUACAAGCGGGAAGGCAUCGAUCCCAUGCCCUAUUAUUGGUAUACGGACCAACGAAAGUAUGGAACGACGGAACACGGAGGAUUUGGAUUAGGGGUUGAACGUUUCAUAGCUUGGAUGUUAAAUCGUGAUACUGUCAAAGAGUGUUGUUUAUAUCCCAGAUUCGUGGGACGUUGUCUACCCUGA